AUGGUGGAGAAGCACGUGGUUGUGAUAUGCGCCGCCGUGGGCGCCCUGGCUCUCGCAGCGGCCGUGCUGGGGAUCAUCGGCGAGGCGACCAAGUCCAGGUCUUUCGUCAGGUACGACGGGGUGAACUGCGUAUACCGGAGGACGCCGGCGUUCGACUGCGGGAUCGCCGCGGCCGCAUCGCUUCUCACCGGCCAGGCCAUCCUCACGGCGGCCACCGGCUGCUGGGACGGAUGCCGGCAGAGGCGAUCGUCGUCCGAUCAUGGGCGCGUCGGUGGCUACUUCGCUUCGAUACUCUCAUGGUUUCUCACGAUCCUGUCGACGUGCGCCUUCCUCGCCGGAGCUCUCAGGAACGAUAGCGCGGAGCGGCGACCCAAGGAGGGCGUCGCCUCUUACUACCAGUGCACCGUCCUCGUGGCCGGGGUGUUCGCCGGCGCCUCGUUCUUGUCGAUCGCCGCGGCCGCGGUCGGGAUCGCCUCCUACGUCGCCACUGAAGGAGCGGCGAGCACUGUGGUGUCACCGUCGGCGGAGCUCCGGGUAGUGUUGGGGCAGCCCCAGCAGCUAUAA